UAUGCAUUUAAUUCCAAAAUUGACUAAAUUAAACAAAUCUCAAGAAGACAUCUCUUCUAUUCAAGAUCAUUUGAGUCAAUUACCAUAAUUUCAAGCUCCUUAUGAAGUCUUAAAAGAUGUAAUCAAUAUUAUAAUCUAGUUAUGUAAAACUAUUGGAUAUGUCUUUUUUGAGACUGGACAAGUAGUUUAACAAAAUAAUAAAUUUGCUUUCUAUGUUAUUAAUGGAUUGCUUAAUACUCAAGAUAAUCUUUAAAUUCAACCGGAAAUGUGGUAUGAAGCAGAAUAAGGUUUUGAAGCUAAAGUAAUAUUUAUUUAUAUUCAAAUUUAGUAAGAUACUCAUUGUUUUGCUAUACCUAUUGAUUUAUAUAAAAAAUUCAGUUCUAGUCAUGGAGUUUUAUAUCAAUAAAAGAAAAAAUCACUUUUAGUUAAUUUACCUAUUAUUGAAAAAAUUGCUCCAAAAAUAUAGGAAUAAUUAAUCAGACACUUCUAAGAAGUUAAAUUUGCACAUACAGAUUUCGUAUAAAAAAUGGAUGAACCUGGAAACUCUUUAUUUAUUCUACAAUUUGGUGUUUUGAGUGUAAGCAAGAAUUAUUAGAAAAUUCUUUCUCAUUAUGAGAAAUCAGUAUUACCUAGAAAAUUUUGGUUUAAUGAAAUAGUUAUAUGUGAAUUAAAUGAUCAAGGUAUUUUAGGAGAAGAAUUUACAUAAUAAGAGAAAGCACUUUAUAAUGUUUAAGUUAUAUCAAAAUCAGCUUCUCUUUUAAUGAUAUCAAUACAACAACUUAAAAAUAUAUCUCUUUAAGUAUAUUAAUCUGUUUGUAAAAUGUUUAAAGAAAGAACUACUUUAAGGAAUGAAGUUUAUAAAUAAAAGUGCCUAGAAUUAGAAAAAAAUUGGUAAAAUACUAAUAAAGAUUAAAUGCUCAAUUAAGAUAUUAAGAAAACUAUUUCUUUUAAAGUUCUUUCUAAAUAACCUUCUGCUUGUUAAGAUUAACAAAGUUAAACUAAUGAUGAUUAAUUUGGAAAUCUAAUUGGAAAUUUAUCUUAUAAAAAAAUGCCAACAUUUAUUUAAUAAUAUUUUAGAUAAAAGCAUAUUAAAGUUAAGAAAAGAUAAGAUUAAUCUUAAUUAAAUAGUUUAAAUUAAUCUUCAUUAAAUCAAAUAGAUUCUACUUUUGACCCAUAUGUUUUACUUUAAAAAAAAUAACAAAAAAUGCUAAUUUAAUAGCAUUCUUUAAAGUAAUAAAAUGGGUUUCGUUUGACAAAAACAAGAUAAAUAGAUAGAAAAUUAGAAUAAACAAAAUCUCAAUAAAUUAGGCCUAAUACUUCUCAAAUUAUUGUAUAAUAAUAAUUUUCUUUGGGAUAACCUUUAUAAUAAUAGUAGUCCUUCAAUUAGCAAAUGAGUAAUAGUUCUAAAUAAGAAUUAAUUUUAUAGAAAACUUUCUUUUAGGGUUUUCAUACACCAAAACCAAUUAUAAGAUAAUUGAAAAGAAUGUAUAGGAGUUCUUCUGUUCAUAAAAUAGAGGAUCCUCCUUUUUCUUUGAUACCUAAACAAAAAAAUAAAAGUAAUUUAACUAAAUAUAUAGCCCCUAGAGAUAAUAUGUUCUAUCUAAAUUUAUAAUAAAAUUAUUCAGGGUAAAAAAUCAAAGUAAAUUAGUUGUUGCAUAAUUCUAUAGAUUGA